GGACGACGCCGCCAUAUUUAUUUAGCGGCGCGCCAUUUUGGUAUUUUCGGACGAAAGCGACGCAUCGGCAUCGGUUUUACUUGUAUUGCAAAUAUUAUUUGUAUUUUCUCCAGAUAUGGGUAAAAAAGACAAAAAAGGUGAAACCAGUGAUGGUUCCAGUGAAGAAGAAUAUGUUGUUGAGAAGGUCCUAGACAAACGAACUGUGAAAGGGAAGGUGCAAUAUCUGUUGAAGUGGAAAGGAUAUAAGGAGGAAGAGAGUACAUGGGAGCCAGAAGAAAAUUUGGAUUGCGAGGACUUGAUAAAAACUUUUGAAACUGCUCGGAAAGAGAAGGAAAAAGAGAAAUCAAAGAAACCCGAGGACCGUGGUAAAAAGCGCGUCCGUGAGUCGAGCGAGGAAACAAGUUCUGGGCGCAAGGGCCGUGGUGCUAGUGUCUCCUCCGUUGAAGAACCCAAAGAAUCAAAACGUGAUCGAAAAGAAGAGAAAUCUAAGUCUGGCUUCGAGAAAGGCCACAAGGCUGAGAAGAUCAUAGGCGCGUCAGAUGCAACAGGAGAGCUCAUGUUCCUGAUCAAGUGGGCAGAGACCGACGAGGCAGAGCUUGUGCCUGCUAAAGUCGCCAAUGUGAAGUGUCCGCAGCAAGUGAUUGCAUUCUACGAGGAAAGGCUAACGUGGCAUACUCCGGCCGAGUCCGAGUGAAUCGAUGUUUAACGGUGUUAGUGUAAGGACUACAGUGGCACUGCUGUGUCAACCAGCAUGAGUGUCAGACAAAAUACGCCCUCAGGCCCCCAUUCUUUGUAAAAGUAUUUUGACUAGUAAAAUAGAUGUUAAUUAUUAAUUGUGGGUUGAUUGAACAUGUGUGAAUUACGGUAUAAUUACAAUUACUUUUUUAUUCCAGCUAAAUACAGUGCACCAGUGUUUAGAAUAAGAUUUGCAUUGCUGAACAAAUUGCAUUGACAUUCUAAUACAUAUCAUGGAUAUUUUUGAAUUACCAAAUUUUAUUUAUAGCUGACGAGAUAUUCUGCUAUGCUAUUCAAUACUGUCAAGAGUGUCAAGGUACUUAGUUAAAUAAAUAAUUAUCUGAUUACUUGUUGUCCAGUUAAGUUAUGUUAGUUAACACUUAAUACAAUAUUCACCAAGUUAAGUUUUUUCUGAUUAGUAAAACAAAAACCAAUCUUUGGCCAAUUUUUCGUAAUUGAAAUACUAGUACACUUGCGUAAUUGUCGAUAUUGUAUAAAUAAACGAAUCUCAAGACUGGUCUUUGGAUGGAGAUUUCCUGUGAGUGUGACUCAGUGACAAUGAGCUUCCACCUAUUAUUUAAAACUGUAUAAGAUGCCAUAAUUGCAAUGUUACUGAAAGGCACAUAAAAAUGAAACAUUUACUACUGAUAUGCAUCACACUCUUCUAUUCAAAGUAUUACACACAAAAUAAUAAUAAUUCACUGACUAUCUUAAUGCUUGCUCAGUUAUUGUUAAGAAUGUACUAUGUGGACAUAGACAAGUUGUUUUGAUUGAUAUUAUGCACUAUUUUCUGUGUUGACUGCAUAAAAGCAUACCAGGCUAUCUCGUUGCAAAGUGGCAUUUAGUAGAUUUAUAUUGAUUUGAUAUAAUUAUUCAUUCAUGUUAAAGACAUAAAAUAUUACAAAUCUCAGUUAAUUUAAUUUUCUCAUCUUCCAUUAGUUUUUAGAAGUGUUCAGUAUUUAAGUAGCAUUGCUGUACAUGUAAAUAUGGGAAUAUUCAAUGAAAUAAUCUGAACACUCAUAAAAUUUGACAGGUUUGUUUUGUGAAGACAAA